CGCCCAUGGACGUUUCUGGGAGCGAGGAAGAGGAGAAAAACGACGAGGAAAUCGAUGUUUUGUCACCCAAUUUUAAUCCUUUAAAAGCAUUAUAUGCUUCAAAUGUAAUCCUUCCAGUUGCGGAUGCUUCUAUUUUCAACAAUUUAGCUGAAUAUGAGCGUUUUAUGAGCAAAGAUGAAGGGGACACGAAAGGACAAGAGCAAAAAUGUGCUCCGCCGUCAAGGCGUGCAUUGGAGCGGCGUCAUCUGGAGCACAUGAGAGAAAAAGAGAAAGAGCUUCCAAGGAGUACAUACCAACAAAGGAAGAUGUUUCAGCUCAACGUCAUAUCUCGCAUGGAGAGUGAACAUACAAAGGAAUCACCUUUAGAUCUUCUGAGGCAAUGUGUUGAGAAGCGAUGUAAAGUCCGGGUAUGCAUCCGUAGCUUCAAGGGGCUACGUAGUAUCUGCAUCGGAUAUCUGGUGGCCUUUGACAAAAUCUGGAAUAUGGCUCUAACAGAUGUUGUUGAAAUCUACAAGAGGCCUUCAACUGGAAAGAGAUUCCAUCAUGAAGAGAAAGUCACAUACUCCAUGAUCAUGUCCAACUUGAAUCCUCCGCCCAAGAAACCAGACCCUCCCAAGCCUUCAGAGCAGGAACAGAAAGGCGCUGGUGGCAAGAAGCGCGCCAAGGAGUGCAAGUUCUGCCGCAUUAAGCACGAAGCUCUCAUGGAGCAGCGGGCUGCGAGUGAUUCCAGAGAUACGGAGGCAUCUCAAGAUUGGUCCAACAGCGAGAGCAGCAGUAGCGGGACUGAUGAGUACUCAAGCACAGAGGAGAGUGAGAGUGAUGGAGAGAAGGAGGUGGACAAAGUGAAAAUGGAGAAGGCAAGGAGAAAGCAGAAAACACCUAGAAGACCAUCUAGAUUAUGUCCGAAUGGCCAUGAAAGAUUAAGAACCCAAUCUCGGAGACCUCAAUCCUCCAAAUCCGAUGACAGUCAGUCUAGUAAGAAGGAUUUUUCUGGUGCUAAUGUUGCUGCAGAAUCAACCUCAAAGAUAUCUACCUCUUCUGUUGCCAAGAGAAUGACUUUAGAAUCUUCAGACUCUUUGUGGACUGCAGCUUCGAGCUCAGGACCUAGACUAGCAGAGGGAGCUGGGAAGAGUACCAAAGAGGGGGCAUCUGUCAAAGAAUCUGUUUCAAUGGCUACUGCAUCCACUCGAGAAUCAAAAACAUCUUCCGCAAAGGCUAAGAACUCAUCAUCAUCAAAUCUGUCAGAUACUAGAAAGUCAGAUUUACUUCUUUCUAGAAUGACUACAUCAGCAACAAAUCAAGAAUCGUCUACGUUAUCGUCACAUACUUCAACAACAGCAUCAUCGACUUCAAAGACAUCCUCUACACCAUCAUCAGUAUCAAAACAAACAUCAAAAUCGAGAACAUCAUCUGCACCAUCACGAUCAUCAUCAAGUAAAAAAUCAACUGCAUCAUCAUCAUCUUUGUCACAAGCGUUUUCAAAGACUCUUACUAUUGGCAGAGAGCCUGUGAAACUCACAGACGUGAAGAGUCAGGAUGGUAAGGAGACAAAAACCAUGAAGGAGGUCGUUCAUCUCGACCCAAAGACCGGAAAGCGUCUAAUUCAGCCGGAGGAGUUCAAGCGUCGUCAUGUCAACCAACUCUUCAUUCGCGGGGACCAGGUGGUCUUGGUCUCGGUAGACAGCGACAUGGUGGAGGUGGAUUUAAAGAAGGCUGCUGAAAAAUCGGAAGAGAAAUCGUCCGUUGAGGGCCGGAAGGGCGUUAAGCAAUCCCAUGUAUCCUUUUCAUGGAGUUAGUACCUUUGGGCUCUCAGCAGGUGAAAUGAGUUUGUUCCAUUUUCAGGAGUGCGCCAUGGCCAAGAUGGUUGUGCGACAUGUGCUCUGGCGACAAUUGUUCUGCAGUCAAUAUUCUACAUUAACUGGAUUCUGAACUUCCAACCCUUGACCAAAUGCUAUACUUAACCAUAACUGUAACCCUACCCAACUUUAAACCCAGUUUCAACUCCAACUUCGACCCUUUAUUUUCGAUGAAAGAAAGCAUGAGCUUUGUUGUUGCCGGAGCAAAGGUCAGAUAACUCACAGAGAUAUCUCCUGGAAAUCAUGAAAUCUGUACUUCCAUGUAAACAAAAAAUGAUAUUAUAGUGUCUUUGUGUCCAUGGAUGAAGUAGAUGAACUCUUGAUACAAGUAUGCAGGCAGUGCCUGAAACUGGUGAAAAAUUGGAUGAAAAUUGUUAGCUGAGUGCCAGAAGGGUGGUCAGCUAUUGCACUUUUAAUACAGGGAGUUCAGUUAAUGCUCAUUGGGCUGUCUGCAGAGUCUAGUCCUCUGCAGAAACUUGAAAACCAGAAGGGUAUUAACUAUCAGCACUUUAAAUGGAAUCGAUACCUGUUUGGCUCUCUGCAGGCAAAUAUUAUUUGGGUUCAUUUUCCGGAAAGUGCCAUGACAAAUGUUCAGGAAAUCGUGAAAACCGCACUUCCAUAUUGUUUUUUAAAGAUAUUAAAAGCGUCUUUGUACCCACAGAUGAAGUAGAUAAACUUUUGAUACAAGUAUAUAGAGAGUGCCUUCAAUGUGGGUCAAAAUCAGAUGAGAAAUUAUAUUGGUGAGUGCCUUAGGGUGUACAAGAAUUUAACUUCACACAGAGUUUACGCCUUUUAGGCUCUCUGCAGAUUGAUGAUAUGGGUCCAUUUGAGGAAGUGCGUUGUAGCAGAGAUACAUAUGUCCAGGAAAUCAUGAAAUCUGUUCUUCCAUUAACAAAUGAGAUCAUACAAUGUCUCUGUGUCCAGGAAUGAAAAAAGAUGAACUUCAGUUACAAGUACGAAGACCUUACCUUCACUGCUAUCGUAUCUCAGUGUUCAUGAUUAUGAUAUAAAAA